GCCCCGCCCUUGCUGACGCCGCUCCACGUCCCGGCGCGCGAGCGGCGGCCGUCUAUAAAGCGGGCGGCGGCGGCAGGCGGCUCCUUAUGGAGCGCUGUGCACCGCUGCUGCCGCUGACCGGUCGGCCGCGACACCACCCGCCGCGACACCACCCGCCUUUCCAUCGCCGCCCGCCCUGGGAAUCGCCGAUGCGCGCCGUUGCGCUGAUCGCCGCGCUCGCCGUGCUGGCAGCCUGCCGGCCUGUCGCCGGGUCCUCGCCCAACGCCACCGACCCGGAGCGGCUCGGGGGUCCCGGGCAGAGGGAGCCCGAAACCCGCGAGGAUGACCCCGUGUCCGCUCCCGACUACGAGGAGGAUGAGGAGUACGAAGAGGCGCUGCCCGUCCAUCAGUACAUCGUGGACGACUUGAUCCGAGUUGAACCUGUGGUUAAGCCCAAGCCAACAAAGAGGGGGGGUGAGAAGAAUUCCGGCAAAUCAAGAAGGAAGAAAAACAAAGGGAAAAACAAAAAGAAAGGGACUCCCUGUGAAAUGGAAUACAAAAACUUUUGCAUCCAUGGUGAAUGUGUUUACCUAGAACAUCUGCAGAUGGUUACCUGCAAGUGUCAUCAGGAUUUUUUUGGUGAGCGCUGUGGUGAACAGUUCAUGAAGACUCAACGGAAGAAUGAUGUGGCAGACUACUCGAAGACUGUGUUGGUAGUGGUAGCUGUCCUGCUCUCAAGCAUCAGCUUCGUUACUGUACUUAUCAUUGUGAUAGUGCAGGUCAGGAAAAAGUGUCCUCAGUACGAAGAGAAAGAAGAAAGGAAAAAACUUCGACAAGAAAAUAGAAAUGGCCACGUUGGUGUGUAAAUGAGGAAAGAGCAGAACAGUUCUGAUGUGGCCACUGCCAAGCUGCAGCGUACCUCUGGCUAUCUGACACAUCCCCCUGGACACUGUGGGCUGGAGCUGUUGCCACUAAGCCCUGAUUCAUCCAGACAGAGGCUGCUGCAAGAAGAUCUCAACAUGCCACUUGCUGCUGAAUCGCUUGUUGGGGAGGACAGUUACUGGUACAUCUUGGCACAAUUAUGUGGAAGGAGCUGCCACUACAGGGUAGAGGACCUGCUAGAGACUACUGCUGCUGAGCCCUCUCAUCGGUGCUGGAGCUCUGGUCUCUGCUGUUGUGUGGAUGGACUUUCUUCUGUUAGCAAGUCUCCUUUGGCAGCUCUAAAUUGAAGGGAGAGAGCUCAUUGUGGCUUUCGGGAAUGGAUGGAGGGGAGAAAAUUCCUUUCCCUCUCUCAAAGUGGAAAAGGGAAGAGUUCUGGAUGGCUUCUCUCCCUAGACCUCAGCAGAUGAAAAACAUAACUCUGCUGUCACUGUGCUCCCUGUUGAUAUCAGCUUCAAAGAACUUCAUCUCUAGUUCUGACUUGCAGGGUGUUGGUGACAGAUCUUUGUCAGCCACACCUGGGUUCUGUUACUGUAUGUGUGGAAAGUAAUCCCUCUGAACUCAGUAGGACUUGUGUGAGUGGAACUAUCCAUUUUUGUGUGUGCUAACCUGAGUUAAAAUUAGUCUACUCAGGGUGCUGAGAGAGUAGAUGCAAUAUCCAAAGCUCUGUAUCUGAAGGAAAAGGCUCCUGCUCCAACAAGUUAAGCCUGGACCCAUCAGUUAUAAAGAGAAAACUACUUCUGUUACCCAGACGCUUGCUGCUGCUUUAAGCAGCACUUAAGUGUAAAAUGCUUUCCAUCAGAUCCAGCCUGUUGAACUUGGCCAAGAACCUGUUUCUUUGAAGAAUAAAAUUCAUGAGCUGAUACUCUGCAGGCAGUGGUCUCCUGUGCUCUACCUUCUGGUGCAAAGAACUUGACUUACCUCAAACUUUUCUGACCCAAGUGUCCUUGGUUUCUUGAACUGUCCAUGCAGUCUUGAGCACAGAGUAUUAUUUGAGUUCAGUUUCUUCUUGGAAGAGUCAAUGUGUUCUGUAUAAACAGAGCAGAAUUCUUCUGGUAGCAGAGAAACACCAUUAAUUGUCAAGUCAUAUCUGUAAAUGUGUAAAUAUUUAUUACUGUAUUUAAUAUUUAAU